GUUGUUGCGCUUGAGGUCUGUUUGCUGCCUCCGGCCGCCAGCGUCUCGGGAGCUGAUGUGACCCUCGCGGCCCUCCUGGCCCAGGCUACUUCUGAUGAUUGGACGCUGCCCUUUCAUCUGCCAAGAUGGUAAUAAACCUUUGCCUCCCGCAGUUCAAACCAAGAAUUCACUGCAACAAGAUCUCAGCAGAUGGCUAUGAAGUAGAAAAUCUCAUCUCUGAAGACCUUGUGAAGAGAAACCGUGGCUUCCGCACUGAGUAUUUCAUUAAACCACCGAUCCAUGUGACUGUGUCCUUUCCCUUUAAUGUGGAACUCAGCAAGAUUAAUGUGGACCUCACUUCAGGGGGAGUCCAAAAUAUCGUUGGUCUGGAAGUGUUCACGUCUACCUCAUCAGGUAAAACCUAUUGGAGCACCAUGGAGUCUGAGCCCUCAGUCUUGGAGCCGACUAACCCUGAAAAAGAGGUUUUCACCUUGGUAGGGAGAGUCUUGUUGAAAAACCAGGGGCGAGCGACAUUCACUCACAAGGGCUUCAAGGCCAGGGCACCUUUCCAUCUUUUGGAAAGUAACCUCACUCCUAAUGGAACUGUCACUCAGGACCUCUGGAGUAAAGGCCCCUUCUCUCUUGGUUAUGUGUCCAAUUUAAAGAUCUCGAUCACACAAAUCGCUGGCAAUGGGAUCACUUGCAUUAAGAAGGUGGAAGUCUGGGGCCAGCCAGCCAAAAGCUGCUCCCAAGAGGUCAUAGAGAACGUCAUGCAGUUAGCCUCCCAGAACCCUCCUCGAGGCUUGACUCCCACAGCCUCCCCCCCCAACUCGACAUUGCCAAUGGAGAAUGACAACGAGUCCCGUGGUCAAGGCCAGCGGCCACCAGGACCUCAGGAACUGACAGACCCGAUCGAUGAUGUGCCGGAGGAAUUCCUGGAUCCAAUCACUCUAGAGAUCAUGCCCUUCCCCAUGCUGCUCCCCUCUGGCAAGGUCAUUGACCAGAGCACCCUGGAGAAAUGUAACAGGAGUGAAGCAGUUUGGGGCCGAGUCCCCAGUGACCCCUUUACAGGGGUGGCCUUCACACCGACCUCCCAGCCACAGCCCCAUACUUCUCUGAAGGCCAGGAUAGACUGUUUCCUGCUACAGCACACUGUUCCUGGCUGCAACCUUGUUGGAAGAGCCCAGGCUCCUGGGGUAGCAGUUCCCUCUUCCGUGGCUUCUCGCAAGAGAAAGGGGGAAUUUGUGGCGCCCUUGCCAAAUCCCCCAGACCUCCCUCGUGUUCAGCCGCCUCCCUAUUUUUUUACCACAGACCCACGAUUCACAUCUUCUACCUCGGAGAACAACACUAAGAAAAUGAAACUCAACGCCGAGCCAAGUCUGACACAUAUGGAUUGCUCAUCAGCAGGUACUACUUCUCAUGAGCAGAGGUUAUCAGAAAGCUUGGAUGUUGCCUUGACUUCGGCCCUCAGCACUCUGCCAUCCUUCACAGGCCGCCUGACCAAGGCUCAGCCUCAGCAUCUCAGUUCGGGGAGCACCAGCAGCAGCAGCUCCUGGAGUUCAAGCAUUAGCUCUGGACUACCCUGGAGCACCUCUGGGCCUGGAUGCAGCGCUUGUAGCAGAGUGUUUACUACUUUCUUCAGAAGUGAACCUGCUUAUCAGCUUCCCUGUGGCCACCUGAUAUGCCGCAUCUGCUUGGCUGAGAGGCAGAAGUCACCAUCCGUCCACUGCGUGAGCUGCAAGAAAGCCGCUGCCAACCAGGAUGUGCUGAGGGUCCAUCUCUAAGGCUCUGCUCCAUGGAGUAAAGAGCCAUCCAGGGGAGGAUGUGAGGAGGGGGAGGGGGAAGGAGCAUGAGGGGGAUUCCUUCAGGGUGGCUUGGUCCAGAGGAUUCUUGGUCAGUCUGCUAGGUGGGGUUGGGCUCUGAAGCUGGCCUGUCUCCAAGGGCAAUGCUGAAGCUGAGUAUAACAAAGGGCCAUCCGUCUGUGCCCCACCGGAAGUGGUAAUAGGAUAACCAAGCCAUAUGUGGCCAGGACAGGAGUUGGUGAAAUGCUGGGGCCAUCCUCCCCACCCCUACCCCCGUCACUCCCCAGGCCAGACACCCUGGGGUCUCUUGUGUCUGACCCUGUGAGUCCAACCUUUGUCAGCUGUGGGCAUGCCUGGUCUUUCCUUCCAGGAUCCAUCCCUCUGCCACAGGGAUCUUUUCUGUGGAAGUCUCCCUUUAGGUUGACUGAGAAGCCAAAAGCAGCUCCCCUCCUAGUCCCUCUCUUCCUCUCCCACCAGUCCCUUCCUCCAAAGUGAGAAAAGAGCUGGAGUUCCCAGUGGGCCAAGUUUGGCAGAAGUACAUAAGCACAUGGCU